GAAAAAAUGAAUUGUGGCUAAGAAUAGACCAGCAGUGCAAAACCACCAAGGUCAAUUAACAUUCUUACACUUGUAACACAAAGUGAAACCUUAUCUCACGUAUAUAUGACUCUCCAUUCUCAUUGGCCAGAAUCUCGCCACAUCAGCAUUCCCUUCACCCCUUUUCCUUUAUCAAAAUCUUGAGAGAGAGAGAGAGAGAGAGGCUCCCAUCAUCAGCGCUUGCCCUUCCUCAAACACUACCCAACAAUGGCAGCCACCGCCGCGGCUGCAGCAGCCUCGUCUUUCUCCACAUCGAUACACAGUUUGAAAUGCAUAAGCUCCAAGAGUUGGCCCAGCGAUCAUCUCCUAAUAAAGAUUUCAUGCCCCAAAACCUUGACUUCUCACUCUCUAGGGAUUAUUGAAUCGAUUCCCUCUAGCGGCAAGCUGUGGAGGGCCCCGCGGAUAACCGCCGCGGUGGCGCAGGAAGAAGCGGCUGUCACUGCUCCGUCGGAGGAGGAGGUGGUGGCGGCUGGCGAUGGAGCUGCUGCGGUGGAGAAUUCUGGGCCGAAUACUAAGCUUUAUUUUGGGAAUUUGCCGUAUCUUUGUGAUAGUGCGCAGCUUGCUGGAAUUAUUCAAGACUAUGCAAGUCCUGAGCUCGUUGAGGUUCUCUACGACAGGAACACAGGAAGAAGCAGAGGAUUUGCAUUUGUGACGAUGAGCAGCGUCGAAGAAUGCAACUUAGUCAUCGAAAAUCUUGAUGGAAGUGAAUAUGGCGGCAGAACUUUGAGAGUCAAUUUCUCCGACAAGCCUAAACCGAAGGAGCCCCUUUAUCCAGAAACAGAGCACAAACUCUUCGUCGGAAACCUAGCGUGGACCGUCACAUCCGAGAGCCUAACGAAGGCGUUUCAAGCAUACGGCAAUCUGGUCGGAGCUCGGGUUCUGUACGACGGGGAGACGGGGAAGUCCCGUGGCUAUGGCUUCGUGUGCUAUGCCACGAGAGCUGAGCUCGAAGCUGCACUCGAAGCCAUGAAUGGAGUGGAACUAGAAGGGCGCGCAAUGCGUGUUAGCCUAGCGCAGGGGAAGAGCCAAUAGGAAGUAUAACCUUGUACAUUUGUGAAGGCAUAAAUUAUGCUUCGUCUCCAACACAAACAUGCAUGGAUUUUGCAUCUUUUAAUGGAAUGCAUACAAAAAAAUAGAGAGAAGUGAUUUUUAUGGUGGUGUUGUUUAUAACCAUCUUUGCUUUUCUGCACAAAAACCUUCCUCUCAUUGCUCUUAUAUGGUCUAUUGGUUUUUUGGCAGCUGCUGGAAGCUAACUUUAGCAUCA